AUGGUUAACAAUGGUACAGGCGGGGAAACUUAUUUUUUAAGGGCUGAUACAAAAGAUUCAGUGCAGUUAUGCUAUGUAAGAAAAGUUUCCCCAUAUGGGCUAUGGCGUGCCCAAAACCCCUUGAUGCAAGCUCUCCCCGUCCUUGUUAUGAGAAUGAUCAUCACCAUGUUCUUCACUCAUCUUUUGGUGCUCGUGUGCAAACCCUUGCACCAACCACGCAUUGUUCCUGAGAUUCUUGGAGGCAUGGCAUUGGGUGUUGUGAUCUUUUUGAAAUCAAAUAUAUUUCCUUUGAGUAGCUUGUUGAUGCUAGAGACUGCGGGAAACUUUGCCCUUGUUUACCACAUGUUCCUGGUGGGUUUGGAGCUUGAUUUCAAACCAAUACUACGUGCUGGGAAGAAGUCACUCAGCAUUGCCCUUGCUGGCAUUGUCUUUUGUGUCCUUGUUGGUUUCGGCUUAUUUCGCUAUUUGCUAUACAAAGACUUUGAAUCCCAAACAAAAGCCAAGGGCACAAAGUACGGCCCAUUCUUUUGGGGCAUUGCCCUUGCCACCACCAACUUCUCGGACCUCGCCGGAAUCCUGGCGGACCUAAAACUUCUCUACUCUGAUGUUGGGGGACUCGCCUUAUCUGCCUCUGUUAUCUCCGACUUGUGCUCAUGGUUUCUUCUUUUGACGGGAAUGGCCAUAGUCAAUCAUAAUCAAAUUUUAGCGGUGACGUCCACCUUGGCUUUUGUAGGACUAUGCGUUUUUGUUGUACGUCCGGCUCUCUCGCGGAUUAUUAACCGAAUCCGCGAGGGAGCCCGUGAGAGUAACAACAUCGACUACCACGGGCUUACAUGUUAUGUCAUGGCUGGGGUUGUGCUUUGUGGGUUAAUUACCGAUGCAGGAGGAUCACACUCCAUGGUAGGGCCUUUUGUAUUUGGAGCUAUUAUGCCUAGGGGAGAAUUCUCAAACACUCUUAUAAAGAAGCUCAGAACUUUUGUGCCAGUGGUGUUGAUGCCUAUCUACUACUCCGUCAACGGCGUAAGAGUCAGCGUUGACGAUAUUCUCAAUCUUAGAGAUCCGGCAUCGGAAGCAAAAACUGGGACUAACAUAUAUCGUGUAGUCGCUGUUUUCAUCAUAGCUUUUGUGGCUAAGAUUGUAAGCACUUUUGUUGCCGGCUUAUUCAACAAAAUGUCACCACGGGAUAGUCUAGCUCUUGGAUUUCUCAUGAACACCAAAGGCUUAUUGACAAUGAUUAUACUCAACGCUGCUAGGGACCUAAAGGUCUUGAACAGACAAACUUUUUCACUAAUGAUGGUGGCGAUUUGGAUGAUGACAUUUUUUGUUGGGCCGUUUCUUGCCGUUGUUUACAAGUCGACUAGUAGGCCUUCCACGCAAUACAAACAGAGGAAUAUAGGAGGCCUAAGACCGAAAACCGAGCUUCGAAUCCUCGCAUGCAUCCACACCUCACGCGAUGUCCCUGGAACAAUCAACCUCCUUGAUGCUUCUAAUCCAACCAAACAAUCCCCUAUUCAUGUCCUUGCCGUCCACCUUGUGGAACUAACUGGGCACACAUCGGCGAUGUUGCUUUUGCGUGACACUUCCGGAACUAAUACUACCAACACCAAUGAUGUAUAUAUGUCUGAAAACUCCUCUCCCUCAAGUUCCUUUGAACUCUAUGCCAAACAAAGAGACAAUGUCUUCGUCCAAACACUCACAGCGGUGUCUGCCUAUACCACGAUGCAUCAAGACAUAUGCAGCAUGGCGGAGGAGAAUCGUGUUGCCCUUAUAAUCAUCCCAUUCCACCAGCAAUAUUCUACAACUAUGGAUGGAGGAGGACCACUGCAAGAUUCAAAUAACUCGCAUUUGAAGAGCCUCAACAACAACUUGAUUGCAAAUGCACGGUGCUCUGUAGGUAUCUUUGUGGAUCGUGGCCUUGGUAAAUCCACCUACUCCAACUGUCGUCACCACUUUGCCAUGUUGUUCAUUGGUGGCGUAGAUGAUCGCGAGGCAUUAGCGUAUGCGGGGAGGAUGGCUGGUCAUCAUCAGGUUAGGCUAACCGUUAUACGGUUUAACCUUAAACCAAAUAAAGAGGGAGCAGAAGUGAAUGUUGGUAUUUUGGAGGCAAUGGAAAAUUUAGGGAGGCAAAAGACACUUGAUGAUUUGUGCAUGGAUGAGUUUAGGUUGAGGUCAAUGACCGAUACCUCCAUAGAAUUAUUAGAGAAGCUGGUGAUAAGUUGGGAACAAACCCUUACAGAAAUAAACGCCAUGGAAGGUGACUAUGAUAUGGUCAUAGUGGGAAGAAGGCAUGAAAGCAUGUCAAACGACACCGCCACAAUGUUUCUAGAUUCUAGCAACGACUCUAAUGAGAUAGGAGUUGUUGGAAAUGAAUUGGUAUCUUCAGCCUCUUUGGCUACUACAUCCAUUCUUAUAGUACAACAGGGUGGAGAUUCAAAUUAUGCUUGA